AUGCUAGAGCCCUGCAACACCAACUCAUGUCCACCAGAGUGGGUGGCAUUGGACUGGUCCGAGUGCAGUCCAAGCUGUGGGCCAGGAUACAGACAUAGAGUUGUGCUUUGCAAAUCUGGUGAUGGUGAUAAUACUUUACCCCCUUCCCAAUGCCCAACUAAGGACAAGCCUGCAACUAGUGUAAGAUGUACCCUACAGAGAUGCCCCCCACCACGCUGGGUAACUGGCGACUGGUCUGAGUGCUCAGCCCAGUGUGGACAUGGGCAGCAGAGA